AUGGUUACAGAUGACAAUACUCCAUCUCAUCAACGUCUCGAUAACCAAAACGGCUCUAUAACAAACCCAAUGACUCAUUUAUCUGACAUCGUGCCGCAAGGCGCUCAAGAGGAUGGCCGAAAGCAGUUCUACAUCUUUGGUCACAACAUAUCGCACUCUCUAUCACCGACACUUCAUAAUGCCGGCUUCAAAGCUCUGAACCUGCCACAUCACUAUCAAAUCCACGAGAGCGAGAAUGUUGAUGAGUCAGUGGAGAGCAUAAUUCAACGACCUGACUUUGGCGGCGCAUCUGUCACGUUUCCACACAAGCUGCAGAUUGGCAAGUUGUUGGGAUCAGUCUCCCCAAGAGGAGAGAGCAUUGGAGCUAUAAAUACCGUUGUUGUCACAGAAUUCAAUGGUGGAAGAGUGCUUCAUGGUGACAACACAGACUGGAUCGGGAUCAAGAGAUGUGUUGAGAAGUCUGGACCUCGAGACUUUGCUUCAUCGUCGGCUCUGGUGCUGGGUGCUGGAGGUGCUGCUAGAGCAGCAUGCUACGCUGUCCAGACUCUGGGCUUUGGGGAGCUCAUUGUGGUCAACAGGACUUUGAGCAAGGCCGAGGAUCUAGCGUCGAGGUUUCCUGACCUCAAGACCCGGGUAUUUGCAACAUUGGAAGAGGCUUCCACUGCGAAGAAUGCUCAGAUCAGGCUUGUCGUUGCCUGCGUACCAGCUGACGAUCUUGGAGCUGAAAGGAUUCCUGGUAGCUUGUUCUCAGGAACUGGAGAUGGAGUGCUGGUAGAGAUGGCAUACAGACCGCAAGUGACCGGAAUGAUGACAGUUGCUGAGAGAUGUUCUGGUUGGAAGGUGUACAGGGGCGUUGAUGUGUUGGAAGAGCAGGCAUAUGCCCAGUUUGAGCUGUGGAUUGGAAGAGAGGCUCCGGUCGAGGCUAUGAGAGGUGCUAUGCAAGCGAAGCUGAAUGAGAAAGUAUGA